CCCGGUAGUGGCACUGUGCUACACCGUGGACUCGCGAAAAAUGCUUUAUUUUUUUAUGACCGAAAAUUGACAUUUGUUGAUUGACACUUUCAAUGUCACGUGUCAUUUUUGUUGUACACAUUCGCGAAGGUACGCCAACGGGUUGUUUUUCGCGGGAUCCACCAAAAAUUGAGUGAAAUGCCCCCUAAAAAACGAGAAAAGGAUCCCGAGACAAACAAAAAUCCUAGAAUAGACCAUAUCCAAGCUGACCAUGAAUUAUUUUUACAAGCAUUCGAAAAACCAACACAAAUCUAUAGGUAUUUACGAACCAGGAAUAUGUGCUCGCCUAUCUUCUUGAACAGAACUUUAACAUACAUGAAAAAUAGAAUGUCAAGAAGUCACAAGGGUAGGCAGAGCUUCAAAGUGGACUCCCUUCUAGAAAAAGUCACAGUGAAGCGGGACUCUCUGGCGAUCCAGCCAGGCUACAUCAACUUAACAUUCUUAAGCUUCAACCAUAAAUCUCUAGAUUCCAAUUUUCAACAAGCUCAGGUAGAAACCAUCCUAUUAAAAAUUAGUCACAAAAAGCGUAAAGACAGUUCUGCGCCUAGUAUGCAGGUAACUUUAGGAACUGCAGAUGUUCCUGUGAACCCAAAUGAUCAACAAUUACCACCUAAAGCAUCAACUAUAAGUAUAUCCACUGAAUCUUUCAAUGCAUCAAGUGGGCCUUUAGUAAAGUCCUUCAUACUUCUAUUUCGGGUAAAGAUAUCUCCUAGUAGAGAUAGUGAAUGUGAGGAACCAGCACUUAAAAAGAGAAAGUUGCUGGUUGAUAAUGAUGCUAAGUUGUAUGGUGCUGAAUUAACUGUAUAUGAUAAACAUAACAGAUGUUAUCUUAGUGAUGGAGAUUAUGAUGUUGUUGUCCAGGACUUUACCACUGUUUCCAAAAAUCCUCCCAAAAAACACUCCAGUUGGGAAAAUGUAAAUGAUUUGGUAGAAACAUGUGGUAAUCUUGAUGCAUUUAUGAAAGGAGCAGUACUAAGGUUCAAACUGAAUUGGUCACCAGAGGCUAGUGCAAAAGUUGUUGAUAGACCUAGGCCCUACCCUCUACAAGACAAUAAAGAGAAUUUGCCUGUCAUUACAAAUAAUAAUAACAAUAAUGUAGAAAAGUUACAAAUAGUUUAUCAGUUUGUUUAUAACAAUAACUCCAGACAACAGACCGAAGCUUGUGAGGAUCUACAUUGUCCAUGGUGUAGUCUACACUGCAAUACCUUAUAUACACUGCUAAAGCAUUUAAAACUCUGUCAUUCAAGGUUCACAUUUACUUAUGUACCAAUAUCUGUUGGUGCGAGGGUAGAUGUAGCUAUAAAUGAAAUGUAUGAUGGAUCUUAUACUGGUUCACCCCAUGAUCUCAUCUCUCAACCAUCAGUUUGUGCCUUCUCAAGGAAUGGCCCAGUAAGAAGGGCUUCUGUUACACAUAUUUUGGUAUGUCAUCCCAAAAGAUCAAAGCCCAGUCUUUCUGAAUUUUUAGAACAGGAUGAUUGUGAGUUUGAUGGCCAGAGGCCUUUUAUCACAGGUCAUAAUAGACUUUACCAUCAUACAACCACUUGUCUACCAAUAUACCCAAAAGAAAUGGAUGUUGAUUCUGAAGGUGAACAUGACCCUGAAUGGUUGCAGAACAAAACAAUGAUGAUGAUAGAUGAGUUUACAGAUGUAAAUGAGGGUGAGAAAGAAUUAAUGAAAAUGUGGAACCUGCAUGUUAUGAGGCAUGGCUUUGUGGGAGAUUGUCAAAUUCCUGUGGCAUGUCAAACAUUUGUUCAAGACAAAGGCAAAGAAUUAUUAAUGAAAAACUUAUAUAAGAACUUCGUCAUACACAUGUGUAGUCUGUUUGAUUUUGGCUUGGUGAGUGCUGUAUGUUUGUACACAAUAAUACAAAAAUUGCAAGAGCAAGUAGGUGAAACUGGGCCUAUAAGGACCAUCCUCAAAGAAUCCAGGGAAGCACAGAUGGACAACUGGUCCAAAACAACCAACACUCCAAUACAUUGUGAUAAAUCAAGUCCACAUAUAACACCAUCAGGCAGAAAAACAGGAAAUGUGGGCAUGCAAAGAAGGAAAGGCACUCCAACCCCUAAUGAUUCAGUAGCUAGGAGGAAGUCAGUUUGUGCAGAAACUACAAGGAAAAGGCUGUCAAUGUCUUUGAACAAAACUGAACAUAAGUCCAGUUAGUCAAAUAGACUUCAUUUUUAUUUUUGCAUAGUUGUCAGAAAUGCAAAUGGAAUCUGCUACAAUCAAAUUUUGAUUUGUCAGAUAUACCAACUGAAAUUUUGAAACAAGAUGAGAUGUUUGGGUAGUGUGUGAUAGAAUCUUAUUUUCCAAAAAAAAACUGCCCUGAUAAUGAAUUAACUUCAAAGACUGGGCACCACCAUUAUUUUCAGGCAAUAGUUGUUAGAAAUACCUCUGGCCUCAUUUUCAAAUGAAAAACAGAUUAGAAUGUCUUAAGCACCACCAUUCUUGGUUCUUACAGUCAGACAUUCUUCCAUAUAUUAAGCAUUACUUCAAAAUUAAGUAUUAGUUGCAGCUGCACCAGAAGAGCCUUUUUAACUGACAAAAAGUCAUAAUAAUGUAACAAUCUUUUUCAGCUAUUUUGUGUUGUUCUCUUAUAACUUGUUUGUUUUAUACUUUGUACAAGAGUGCCGUUUUGCGCGGAGACAGCGACAGGGAACUAUAUACCCUAUUCAAACAUCAUAUACUCUGCUUCAAAACACAUGGUCACUCGAUCGCCGAUUAUCUACACUUGUCGCUGCCUGCUCAGGUAUUUAUGUCUUGCUGCUCAAUAAGAGCUCGCGAAUUUGAAUGACGCUGUGUGGAGUUUAUUUUGAGUGUGAGUAAUGAGAUUUAAAUACAGUGUAGUGCCAUUACACGCAUGCAAAAUCUAUGACUGUCACAUUGACACUGAAAUAUCCAAAGUUAAAAAAGUUCCAAUGAUAAGAAGCAGAUGUAUUUGUUCAUUAUUACUUUUUCCAUAUCCUUUUAAAUUUGGCUUAUAACAAUUGUUACUUUUGAUUUUGGGGAAACAGAAAACCAUGGUGUCCUUAGUUAUUCAUUCCACUGUGUUGGAAUUAAUUAAUGUUUUUAAAACUAAUGACGUUUUACAUGCUAAAAAUAUUAUGUUUAAGCACUUUAUAUGAAGUCAAGUCAUUUAUUUGGAAAUAGAAUAUGCAGAUAAUUGGAUUUUUUUGCAAAUUUCGCAUGUUUGCAUUAUUCAUAUAAGACAAUGGAAUAUAUGGAGGAUUCUGAACUAUAUCAGCUAAUCUGAGACAAAUGUAUAUAGUGUUCAAUUUAGUUUUUUCCCCUAAUACAUUAUUGUAUGAAGCCUUUGAACAUUAAAUAGGGGAGAAUUAGUAUCAGUGCAUGUGUAGUGAAAAAAGCAAUUUUUACGUUAAACCUACACAUGUUUUCUUUUGUUCAUUACUUCAGAUUCUACAGGAAACAAAAAUUAUUGUUUCAGUUUCUCUUACCUGUAAUGUUAAAAGGGAAUCAUAUAUCCCAGCACUGAUGUGUUAGAUGGUACUUUUAAUGUGAGAAGUACAAAACGCAAUUUUAUAUACUUACAUUUUCUAUGCAGUGUUCACCUUUUUAUAGGCGUUUUACAUAUAUUUGAGCCAUACUUUAGAUUUUUUUAUUAAGUGGUUGUUUACACUAUUGUCUUUGUAUAUGCAUUACCUUAAUAAUAUAUGUGAAGCUUUGAGUCAAAAAUAUUUAUUUACUUUGACGUAGUCUUGGAAAUAAAGUUUUCUGUGC